GUUUUGAUUUGACACUCAAUUUAUUCAUUCAUUGUUUCAUUCAUUGCUUAUUAACUCAUCUCUCAAUUCAUUCAUUCAUUGCAAAUGAGUUUAGUUUUAUAAAAGUCUUAGUUUUCCACCAAAUCUUGUGAUUGAUGUCUAAAAUGGUUGACGAAAGCGUGUCCGGCAUUGGCUCGAAGACCACUGAUAUUAAGACUUCGGAAUCAAGUGAUCACUUCAUGUCCGGUGUUGUCGAAGGCUUUUAUGGGCGCCCGUGGACUGCCAAUCAACGCAGAGAUCUGUUCAUUAAACUCAAGCGGUUUGGUCUCAACACCUAUAUGUAUGCCCCUAAGGAUGACCUCAAACACAGAGCCUUCUGGAGAGAUCUCUAUACCGUCGAAGAGGCGGAACAGCUGAGUUCACUGAUAAGUGCGGCCAAAGAGAGCGCAAUCCAACUGAUAUACGCUCUCUCUCCAGGUCUGGACAUAUCGUAUUCGAGUGCCAAAGACGUGGUGUGUCUGAAGCGCAAGUUAGAGCAGGUCUCGCAGUUUGGAUGCAAUGCCUUUGCGCUCCUCUUCGACGAUAUUGAGCCGGAAAUCAGUGAAUCAGACAAAGAGGUGUUCCAGUCGUUUGCGAGCGCACAGGUGUCCGUUUCCAAUGAGGUGUACCAGAGCUUAGGUCAGCCGCGGUUCCUGUUCUGUCCGACGGAAUACUGCACUUCUCGUGCCGUCCCUAACGUCCAGAACUCUGAAUACUUGAAUACAAUCGGCCGGACAUUA